AUGUUGCUGCAUGAGCCCGGCUGUGAGCCUAUCAUGGGCGACAAUGCCAUCGACGACGAAGACGAGCUGGAGAGUAACCUUGACCCUUCGGGUGGAGCAGACGACAACGACCUUCCAGCGACGCACGAAACUCGGGAUGACGUUAUCAGUGUCAUCAGCCAAGCGAACAGCACCAAGAGCAACAAGUCCAAGAAGCGGGUUCAGUUCCUGCCCGACGGUAUUCUCGUGCGCGUUCGGGAAAUCCCACCCAGGAGUAAUAAAUCGUCCUCAUCCUCAGACGGUUCAGCCAGUGACACCGAUUCCGAUUCUGACUCCGAUUCCGAAACGGGGACUGAGUCGGAAGAAACUUCGACAUCAGAUCGCGACACUCCUUCGCCUGCCGUACAGACGGUCUCCGAGACGCAGUUCACCACCAUGCCGCCUUUAGUAUGGAAUCCUUCACAAGCAAAAGGACCAUACGCUGUAAAUAAACAAAAUACUAGAAGCACAUCUGUAGUGGCCAAAAUCACGGGCAUUCACAGGCCUACGUCCCCUUCGAAUGCAACAAAAGCAGCAACGAAAAAAGUGAGAAGGACUCCGUCGCCAAAGCAGGAUAAUAAACGUUUGAAGAAGCCGCAGCCCCGUCAAAAUGAAAAAAGUGGGGGUGGGAAGUUAUCACCCGAUGAUUCCAAACGACCAAAACCAGUCAAGAAAAAAAUGCCGUUGAAAAAGGAAGGCAAGCUAUCUCCGCCCCCUCCCAGCAAGCAAUCAAAGGGCCCUCAAGCGACGAAAGCUUCUAUCCCUUCUAAACCAACGUUAGCCCAAAGACGAAUCAGUAGUGCUCCCAUCGCCAAGUUUUCUCCUAGCAAAAAAAAUCAAAAGUCCACUGUGUCUACCUCAGUGACGCUGCUCCCGUCUAGCUCGAAACCAACACCAACCACAGACGUCUACAUGGAUCGGGUCGGGCGGGCUAUGCAAUCUCUGAAUAUGGGAAAGUUGUACACCAUAGACGGAUUUAUCUUCCCAACCCACCAAGUGACCGACAAUCUUCAUCUACCGGAUUUACAUCACGGUUCUAAACCGGAAGACGAUUUCUUCUUCGUCAACGGCAGACGCGGAAGUUCUGAAGAUCCCGGUUCGACAUCCCCAAGACGAGACUUCUCGCCCACAGGCAAACACACACAGUCUCAGAUGCUGUCACCGACGUCUGCAAACAGGAAACGACGAUACGCAUGGCAAAUGGCUAACGGGAGCAUCCAGAACACGUUACAGAACACACCGAGUAUUGCACAGAUGUGGGACAACGUACCGCACAGUUCCCUAUGUCACGUGUCUUCAUCUGUGUCCUCCUCACACGAUGCGUAUUACCCUGGCAAGCCCGGGUCGGGGAGCUACCCCUCUAAAGGAAAGUCAUGA